CCAGACGGGAGGGGUCGGGUGGCAGCAAGUGCCUGCACAACCUUGAGUAACUAGGGAAACGCCCCGCCCUUUCCCGAAAUGCCCCGGAAGUGCCUCUACCCUCAGUAAAGAUGCAAGUAGCCUUUGACAUAGGGAGGCGGGGCUGCGCGUGCGCAACAAAUUCGGCGGGCAAGAUGGCGGAUGACAAGGAUUCUCUGCCCAAGCUUAAGGACCUGACAUUUCUCAAGAACCAGCUAGAGCGCCUACAGCAGCGUGUGGAAGAUGAAGUCAACAGUGGUGUAGGUCAGGAUAGCUCACUCUUGUCCUCGCCAUUCAUCAAGGGAUUCCUGGCAGGCUAUGUGGUGGCCAAACUGAGGGCAUCAGCAGUAUUGGGCUUUGCAGUGGGCACUUGCACUGGCAUCUAUGCAGCUCAGGCAUAUGACGUGCCCAACGUGGCGAAGACCCUGAAGAGCUACUUUAGGUCACUACGAAAGGGGCCUGACUAGACCCUUUGGAGAAGGCAGCAUGAGCUUGUUGAAUCUGCGGGUGGAGGCCUUCCUGUCAC